UAGCAUUUAUGACUUUUUAUGAGCUGUUCUAAAGACGGCACAGGGUGGUGCAAGCCCCAAUGCGCCGGGCGGUUUCUGAUCCCCUGAUACGAAGGGAGUUGCUUGUUUAUGACACUAGCCACUCACAUUUAUUUGACAGGCUGGAUGUGUUUCUGGGUGUAUCCAAACAAUUGAGUAGAAGGGUUUGAAAUCCCUCUCCCUCGGCCAGGGCAGGAUGCGUCCUAUCUUUAUUAGGCCCUGGUCAUAAAGGUGGACCAUGAACUUUCCCACUGCAACGGGCUGGGCACUGCUGGUAUGUCACACCUGGGCUGUCUCUCCUGCGAGGUGGGGAAAUGAAAGGUAACUCCAGGAAGCAGAGCCUUUUGGUUUCGCCCUUGAUCUGAAGCUCUUCCUGACUUUAGUCAACCAGAGACCAUCACUUCCUUCUAGUGACUCAAGGUUUGGACCAGGCUGUGGGUAUGAGUGGUGUGGGCUCUGCUGCCACCACACUGACCCCGUCAGAUAGUCCCUGCAGCAACUUGGAAUUUGCCAUCUUUCCCAUAAAGGUGCUCCACAGCGGGCUGACGCACGAGGCCCACAGGAAGGAGGUGGAGCAAGUUUACCUGCGCUGUUCGGCGGGCACCGUCGAGUGGAUGUACCCGACCGGGGCGCUCAUCGUGAACCUGCGGCCCAACACCUUCUCGCCCUCCCGGAACCUGACUCUGUGCAUCAAGCCCCUCAGGGGCUCCUCGGGGGCCAAUAUUUAUUUGGAAAAGACUGGAGAACUGAAACUGCUGGUGCGGGAUGGGGACCUCGGGCCCGGCCAGGCGCCGUGCUUAGGCUUUGAGCAGGGGGGCCUGUUCGUGGAGGCGACGCCACAGCAAGACAUCAGCAGGAGGACCACGGGCUUCCAGUACGAGCUGACCAGCAGACGCGCAGGGCCGGACCUGCAUGCCCUGUCGGCCCCGUGCCGCCCUUGCAGCCACACAGAGGUUCUCUUGGCUGUCUGCACCAGCGACUUUGUCGUCCGAGGCUCCAUCCAGAAAGUCACCCACGAGCCGGAGAGGCAGGAGUCGUCCAUCCACCUGAACGUGAGCCGGCUCUACCGGCAGAAGAGCAGGGUGUUCCGGCCGGCCCCUGAGGGCGAGGGCGGAGGCUGGCGGGGGCGCGUCUCCACGCUACUGGAGUGCGGCGUCCGGCCCGGGCACGGCGAGUUUCUCUUCACCGGCCACAUGCACUUUGGGGAGGCCUGGCUUGGCUGCGCCCCACGCUUCAAGGAUUUCCAAAGGAUGUACAGGGACGCUGAGGAGAGGGGGCUGAACCCCUGCGAGAUGGGCACGGAGUAAGCGCCAGGUGACCGUGGCUGCCGCAGUGGACACUCAGACUGUGGUGAGUGCCUGGCGCUCAGGCUGAGUAGGCACACGCUGCAUUGCGGCCUCACGAGGUUCCAGCCAAGGACUCCCUGACGGAUUGAUCGGAGAUGCUGUAACAUGCCAACUAAGUUAUUAUAUUUUUUUUAAAAAAGAAAUGUCCAUAGGAAGCAAA